UUGACGCCCGUUGAAAUUCAACGAGGAGGGAACUACUUUACUUUCAUCUGUUUAAAAUUCUCAUACCCAGAACUCAAAACAAACACGGACACUCUCAAAUCACUACGCGUAAUCACCCUACCAUUUGAGGUUAUGUAACUCGUGCAAUUUAAAAAUAAGUGUAACACGCAGAACAUGAGAGAGAUGAAAAAUCCAUACAACAUUUUUGUCGGAGAACCUAAAAACAAGAGGUCGCUUGGGCGCUACCAGUAAAGGAGAAAGGAUAAUAUUAAAAUUGGCCAUAGAUAUACCAAUCUUCAAGUCACUGAUACACAGCAACAAUGCUGAGUGUGACGAUAUUAUUGUUGCUUCUGACGGGAGGAGUGAGGUUGGAGAGGAGCGUUGACCCAAUAGUGACCACAUAUCAGGGCAACAUGCGAGGUACAACAAUGACGUCACGUAGUGGCAGGACGUUUCACGCGUUCUUGGGAAUCCCCUACGCAGCACCACCCGUCGGGGAGCUUCGGUUUAAGGCGCCGGAGCCACCACAGCCCUGGGGCAACAUACUGAAUGCUACACAAGACGGCCCGAUGUGCAUGCAGAAGAAUUACCUCGAGCCGAACCCAAGGGUGCAGGGUCAGGAGGACUGCCUUUACCUAAAUGUAUACACCCCUGACCUGCUGCCCAAGGUACCCCUUGAAGUGAUCGUCAACAUUCAUGGCGGGGGAUUCUUCUCUGGAACUGGGGCCAGCUAUGCGUGGGGCCCACAGUACCUCCUGGACAAGGACGUUGUGCUGGUGACAUUCAACUACCGCUUAGGGGCGCUGGGAUUUCUGAGCACAGCGGACAAUAUCGCUCCUGGUAACUUUGGACUGAAGGAUCAGGUGGCAGCCCUGCACUGGGUCCAGAACAACAUCGCGGCAUUCGGCGGAAACCCCAACUGCGUGACUAUUUUUGGACAGAGCGCAGGUGGUACAAGCGUGCACUUGCAUAUACUGUCACCGCUCAGCGCAGGCCUGUUUCAUCGUGCGAUCUCUCAGAGUGGAACGGCACUGAAUGCCUAUGCGUGGCCCACGGACUCCCUGUUUCUUGCGCGACGGCAGGCGGCAUAUGUGGGUUGCAACCCCGAUGAUAACACAGCCGACAUGGUGGCCUGCUUGAGGCGGGUUGACGGCAAGACUCUCGUCGACUCGGGCGACAACUUUAAGUUGUGGUCAAUAGACCCUUUGGAUGUGUUCGUACCAGCAGUUGAGCAUGGCCCAGAUGCAUUCUUGCCAGCAAACCCUUUUGACAUUAUCGAGAGUGGGCAGUUCACCCGUGUGCCCUGGAUGGCAGGCGUGGUGACUGAAGAGGGACUCAUCCGUGGUGCAUCGAUCCUUACCAACCGUACGCUGUUAGAGGACCUGAAUCAACACCUCCCCGUGUUAGGACCACGCCUCUUUGAGAUCAACAAGAGUGCUGUUGGUAGAGAUGAGAUAGUGGCGUACAUCUGGGACCGGAUGGUGAGGUUCUACUUGGGUAACCAGAGUACCAUCACCGACAGUAGCGAGCGCGGCUUUCUUAACAUGCUUAGUGAUCGGGCAUUCAUCCACGGGGUUCACAAGAGCGCUCAGCUGCACCACAGGGCGGGCCACCGUGAUCUGUUUCUCUAUCACUUCAACUACAGGGGACUCUACAGCUUUACGUCUGUGUUCGCCAACACGACCAAAGACUUCGGAGUGUCCCAUUGUGAUGAUCUUAUCUACAUGUUCCGCCAGCCCCUACUGUUCCCAGAUUGGCCCCCCGGACAUCCCGACCUGCAGAUAUCAGAAAUGAUCAUUCAACUGUUGACAGAUUUUGCAAAAUAUGGUCACCCGACGCCUGAUAUAAAACAAUGGGAAAGUGGUGCCAGCGAUGAGAAAGCUGUGAACAACAUAAUCUGGGAUCCGGUACUUUCGGGAAAACAUCUGAACUACAUGGAGCUUAGUGCAGGUCCUAAUGUGACCAUGAAGCAGAAUUGGUUCAAACAGCGCAUGGACUUCUGGGACACCUUGCCUCUCGUGGAGAACGAGUCCCAAUUAGUUGACUCCGACAACUUGCUCGACCUCAUCUACAAUUAUUUUGUCUACUUGGUGAGACUGUAAGAGGAGAUUGUUUAUGAAGACUGCUUGUUAAUUACGCUGUUUUGUGAUGAGCUGCUGUGAUAAUGCAGUGUUAAAUGUUAUGUAGUAUGACGUUGAAUUAAUGAAUCAAGUCAGAUGUGACAAGAAGAGGUUUUGGUCUAUUUGAAAGUACAACAUUGAAUUUUCCUCAGGAUGGCUAGUUAGAAGUGUCAUUUAGAGGUGUUGCCACCUAUAUAAAGAAGAAAAGACUGCAAAUAAAUUACUUUCAUUAUUUCAUUUAA